AUGAUCUCUGAAUCAAUAGUUUAUGUUUGGGGAGGUAUAAUCUCUAUUAAAUAUUCUAGCUGACAAUGAAGGAUAAUUAGGAUUGGGCAAGAAUCGAGGAUCCUCAUAAUACUACCAUAUACCAAAAAUUUGUCAUUAUAAAAUAGGGUUUAUCUAGGUUUCUUGUGGCAAGGAUCACACUGCCCUUCUGACUUAGAAUGGCUAUGUUUAUACUAUGGGUUGCAAUGAGCACAAUAAAUUAGGACAUGUCACAAAAUAAUCUCUAUAAGCACCUUAAAAAAUAGAAUAACUUAGCAAGUACAAACUUUUAUAUUAAAAGAGAGUUAUAUAAGUCUCUUGUGGUUACACACAUACUGCAUGUAUUACAUCUGAUGGAUCUUUAUUCACUUGGGGAGAUAAUUCUAGUGGUUAAUUAGGAGUUAAGUAAAAUAGUAAUUUGAACAAAGUAAAUAGUCUUACAAAUUGUAUUCAUGUUUCAUGUGGCAAUAAACAUACAUUAGUAUUAACUGGUAUUUUAGAAUAUAAAUAAUAUAUAAGAUGCUUAAGAAUGCUUUGGAUUUGGAUUGAAUGAUAAUUCUUAAUUGGGAAUCUAAAGAUUGAAAACUAUUAUUGAACCCACCAAAAUUAAAUUACCUCUUUUAUAAUAGACUUGUGCAGGUAAUUUAUUUUCAGUGUUCUUAACUUAAGAUGGAAUAGUAUAUAUUUGUGGAUUAGGUUUUGGAAAUUUAUAAAAAUUAAACUAUAAAUGUAAUAAGUUCAAUAUAUUAAUAGAAAAAUUUAUUAAAAUAGAUGGCAAAAGUACUCCAAUUGGUUUAACUUCAACAAAUGAAUUAAUAUUUUUUGAAUUAGAUGAAUAACUUAUGAAUAUUAAAGAUUUUUGUAUGGGUGAUUUAGUUGGAAUGUGUAUAGGAGAUAAAGCUUAUUAAUGGUAAUUUGAUCCAGAAUAAAAGAGAAUUACAUAAUUAAAAUCAAUUGAUUAAUUAAACUCAAAAUAAUUAAUACAUUUUUCAGCUGGAAAUAGUCAUUUGAUAUGUAUUGAAUAGAAGGGAUCUUCAUCAUUUAUUGAAAGUGUUUGUAGUUCAACAACAACUCUUAGAGGGAAGCAUGAAGAAAGAAGUAAAAGUAACUAUACUGAAAAAUAAGAUGGAACUUAUAAUUAAAAAAUUUAAUAAUUAGAAAAAUAAUUAGAAGAAAAAGAUAGAUUAAUUUAAUAAAUGAAAGUAGAUUAUCAAUCUAAAAUAUAAUAGAUGCAAUAAAAAUAAAAAGAGAUGGAAAUUUAAUUGUAAAAUAAGGAUAAAGAAAUAUCUAAAUUGUAAUUAUUUUAAUUAAAAUAAUAGAACUAUUGAAUUACAUCGUUUACAAGAAUUUAAUUAGAACAAAAAUUCAGAUUCAGAAAUAUUAUAAUGUCAUGUAUAAGAUGAUGAAAGUGAAGAUGAAGAUGAUGUCAAAGUUUUAUAGAAAUAAACAUCAUUACCAUAUUAAUAACCCAAUUUGACUUAUCAUCAUUCUUCCCAUUCUUAGUUACAUAAUUAUACUAAUUAAUAAUAACUUAAGAGUCCUGUUAAAACAUUAAUAUAAGAAAAUAAAUAUGAUGAUAAUCUAUAGAAAAAUAAAUUAUGUAAAACAGAUCAUGAUAGAGAAACUAAGUAUUAAUCUUUUGAAAAAUAAAAAAAAAAGGAAGUUUUAAAUGAAAGACCUCAAAGUUCUAUUAGGGAGAAGACAAAUAAUAAUAAUAAUAAUAAUAAUGAGAAGACAAAUCUUACUACUAUAAAAUCAAGAUUAACAGAUUUAUAGAAAAAUAAAGAGUAACUUGAAUAAAGAAUGAGAUAAUUUGAGGAUCGUCUUAGGGAAAAUAAAUUAUAUACAAAGUGA